AAUCGUUCAAAAUAUCGCACGAUCUUUCUUGCUGUCUGUAUUGGACAGCGGACCCUUUUUCCUCGAAAGUCAGCUCCCUUCAAAGUCCCCCUCCGAUCCAUCAGCAACCCCAUAUCGGACGGCGGCGGCGGCGGCCGACCAUGCUUAUACACCCAACCUCCUCCUCUUCCACUUUCUUCCCGUUUUCUUUCCCCUUUCUUUAUUUCAACAACGCCCACUAGACCCUCUUCUUUCGGUUCCAUUCACAGUAUCACACCCCCCAAAUGGACCCUUCUCUUCUCGACGAUAUUAUCAAUCGUCUUCUCGAGGUUCGUGGCCGUGUCGGCAAGCAGGUUCAGUUGUCCGAGUCUGAGAUCCGACAACUCUGUCAAGUUUCUAGAGAGAUUUUCUUGCAGCAGCCUAAUUUGUUGGAGCUUGAAGCACCUAUCAAGAUUUGUGGCUUUCCAUUGGUUAAGUGGUCCAUAGUUGAUGAACCUGAGGAGGUCUUUAUGUGGACAGAAAAUGCAAACGCAGAUACAUGUGAUAUACAUGGGCAAUAUUCUGAUCUAUUAAGGCUUUUCGAAUAUGGUGGGUUACCUCCUCAUGCUAACUAUUUAUUUUUGGGUGAUUAUGUUGAUCGAGGCAAGCAAAGUCUAGAAACCAUAUGUCUUCUCCUGGCAUAUAAAAUAAAAUAUCCUGAGAAUUUUUUCAUAUUGAGAGGGAACCAUGAAUGUGCUUCUAUAAAUCGAAUAUAUGGCUUCUAUGACGAGUGUAAAAGAAGAUUUAAUGUUAGGUUAUGGAAGACGUUUACAGAGUGCUUUAACUGCCUGCCUGUGGCAGCUCUGGUUGAUGAAAAAAUUUUGUGCAUGCAUGGAGGUUUGUCUCCUGACCUGAAUAAUUUGGAUCAAAUUAGAAAUAUGUCAAGACCAACAGAUGUACCAGACGCUGGCUUGCUCUGUGAUCUUCUGUGGUCUGAUCCCAGUAAAGAUGUUCAAGGUUGGGGAAUGAACGACAGGGGUGUUUCAUUUACUUUUGGUGCUGACAAGGUGACAGAGUUUCUUCAGAAACAUGAUUUGGAUCUCAUUUGUCGUGCGCAUCAGGUUGUGGAGGAUGGAUAUGAGUUCUUCGCAAAUCGUCAACUUGUAACUAUUUUUUCAGCACCUAAUUACUGUGGAGAGUUUGAUAAUGCUGGUGCCAUGAUGAGUGUGGAUGAGACGCUUAUGUGUUCAUUUCAAAUACUAAAGCCUGCGGAUAAGAAGCCUAAGUUGAACUUUGGAAGCACCACCACCACAAAGCCUGGAAAUCCUCCAGCAGGGGUUAAGUCCUUCCUUGGUACAAAAGCAUGACUUGGUGAGGCAAGGAGGACUCUUGCGGCCAGUUGAGUCUACAAAACUUGGAAGUCUUUAACUUUUGGAGGAAACUCUAGGAUCGAUCAUUUGAUUCUAAACUUGAAUGUUGAAAAUUGUAAAAAAACAAAAAGGAAAAAAAUUGUAAGGUGAACUUUAAAAUGAUUACAAAAUAUUGUUAUCGUCGAUACAAAUUCGAGUUAUUGAAGGUGGUAGGCUGAAAUACUUGCCCAUCUUCCUUGUACACUAAUUGGCAGCGCCAUCAUUGCUAUCGGUGGUACGGGUUUACUGUAUGUGUUGGACAUUUAAUUAUGCGUUUUCUCUCUUUUCUGGUUCA